CAUAUUAAACCAAGUCAUCACGUGACCAAAGAGUAAAGGUGCAUGCGCCGGGUGAAAUUAACAGUGCAACAUUAAUUUUGAAAAUCUGGAUUUACUGCGUUCGUAUUACUUGUAACGAUGGAUACUCGCAAAUUGACGGACGUUUUGAGAGCGACUAUAGAUCCAAAUCAGAGGCAGCAGGCUGAAGAACAACUUGCCCAGAUACAUAAAAUAAUUGGUUUUGCACCUUCGCUUCUACAAGUAGUGAUGUUGUCUGAUGUUGAUAUGCCCGUGCGCCAAGCUGGUGUAAUAUAUUUAAAGAAUCUUGUCACACAGAAUUGGGCAGACCGAGAAGUAGAACCUGGACAGCCAUUACCAUUUAGCAUACAUGAACAGGAUAGAGCCAUGAUCAGGGAUGCCAUAGUUGAUGCUGUGGUUCAUGCACCAGACAUCAUAAGAGUACAGUUAGCUGUUUGUGUGAGUAAUAUUGUUAAACACGACUUUCCUGGAAGGUGGACACAAAUAGUUGACAAAAUCAGUAUAUAUCUUCAAAAUCCUGAUGCAUCUGGUUGGUCUGGAGCCCUUCUCUGCUUGUAUCAGUUGGUGAAAAUUUUUGAGUAUAAGAAACGUGAAGAAAGAGGCCCUUUAAAUGAAGCAAUGAAUUUGUUAUUCCCAAUGAUAUACCAGUUGUGCGUAAGAUUACUUCCUGAUCAGUCAGAACAGUCCGUAUUACUGCAAAAACAGAUUCUUAAGAUAUAUUUUGCAUUGACUCAGUAUUCUCUUCCGUUGGAACUGAUUUCUCGGGAAGUGUUCUCACAGUGGAUGGAAAUUUGUCGAGCUGUUGUCGAUAGACCUGUACCAGAACAAACAAAUGCUGUGGAUGAAGACGAUAGAGUUGACUUACCGUGGUGGAAGGCAAAGAAAUGGGCGCUGCAUAUACUGCACAGGAUGUUUGAGAGAUAUGGGAGCCCAGGAAAUGUUACUAAAGAAUAUAAGGAAUUUGCUGAGUGGUACUUGAAAACAUUUUCUGCUGGUAUACUAGAAGUUUUAUUGAAAGUUCUUGACCAUUACAGAAGGAAGAUAUAUGUCUCUCCAAGAGUUGUUCAGCUCACUCUAAAUUACAUAAACUUGGGUAUUGGUCAUGCAUUUUCGUGGAAGUUCCUAAAACCACAUAUGUUUGCUAUCGUUCAGGAUGUUAUUUUUCCUGCCUUGUCAUAUUCACAAGCUGAUGAAGAGUUGUGGAAUACUGAUCCAUAUGAAUACAUCAGAGUAAAAUUUGACAUUUUUGAAGAUUUUGUAUCACCUGUGACUGCAGCCCAAACACUCUUGCACACAGCGUGCAAGAAAAGGAAGGACAUGUUACAGAAGACAAUGCAUUUCAUAAUGCAAGUACUGACAUCACCAAAUGCUGAUCCAAGACAGAAAGAUGGUGCCUUACACAUGGUUGGCACACUGGCAGACAUUCUUAUCAAGAAGAAUAUGUACAAGACAGAAAUGGAUAGUAUGCUUUGUCAGUAUGUUUUUCCAGAAUUUGCAAGUCCUCGUGGCCAUAUGAGAGCUAGGGCCUGCUGGGUUCUCCAUUACUUCAGUGAAAUUAAAUUUAAGCAGGAAGCAGUUCUCGCUGAAGCAAUCAGACUCACUACAAAUGCAUUAUUAAAUGACCAAGACUUGCCUGUCAAGGUAGAGGCAGGCAUAGCAUUACAGAUGUUGUUAAAUGCUCAGGAAAAAUCUGAGAAAUAUGUGGAACCUCAGAUCAAGCAAAUAACUUUAGAACUUCUUCGAAUAAUACGUGAAACAGAAAAUGAUGAUCUCACCAGUGUUAUGCAGAAGGUUGUGUGCACCUUCACAGAACAGCUGAUGCCUAUUGCUGUUGAAAUUUGUCAACAUUUGGCAACAACAUUCAGCCAAGUUCUUGAGACUGAUGAAGGGUCUGACGAGAAGGCAAUAACGGCAAUGAGUUUGCUGAAUACUAUAGAAACACUACUGACAGUAAUGGAAGAGCAGCCAGAAAUCAUGGCACAACUGCAGCCAACUGUUCUCCAAGUUGUAGGGCAUAUUUUCUCACAGAGUGUAAUGGAAUUUUAUGAAGAAGCUCUUUCUUUGGUUUAUGAUCUCACAAGCAAGAAUAUAUCACCAGACAUGUGGAAGGUGUUGGAACUUAUGUAUCAGGUGUUCCAGAAGGAUGGAUUUGAUUACUUUACUGAUAUGAUGCCAGCUCUGCAUAAUUACGUAACUGUAGACACAGCUACUUUCCUCUCCAAUGAAAAUUAUGUGCUUGCAAUGUACAACAUGUGCAAGGCUGUUCUGACAGGUGAUUCAGGAGAGGAUCCUGAAUGCCAUGCAGCAAAAUUGCUUGAAGUUAUCAUUCUGCAGUGCAAAGGACGCAUAGAUCAGUGCAUACCAUCCUUUGUAGAGCUUGUGCUUCAGCGGCUGACUCGUGAAGUUAAAACAUCUGAAUUACGAACUAUGUGUUUGCAAGUUGUGAUAGCAGCACUGUACUACAAUCCACAACUUCUUUUUGAAACUUUGGAGAAACUUCAAAUGGUCGUUUCACCAACUGAAUCAAUUACAUCCCACUUUGUGAAGCAGUGGAUACAUGAUACAGAUUGCUUUUUAGGAUUACAUGACCGGAAGCUGUGUGUUCUGGGAUUGUGCACUCUAUUGAGCACGACAGGUGCUGCUCGUUCUGUAGCAUUACCAAAUGAAUGUGCAUCACAGAUAAUUCCUUCACUUAUUCUUCUAUUUGAUGGGCUGAGGAGAGCAUAUGUUGCAAAGGCUCAAGAAGGUGAAGAGGAAGCAGAAGAUGAAGAGGAUGAAACUGACAUUGAUCAAGAAAUUUUAUCAAGUGAUGAGGAUGAUAUAGAUGAAGCUCAUCAAGAAUAUCUGGAAAACAUCGAAGAUAAAGUACAUAAAGCUAAUUCACCAUUCACUAUUACUACUAGUAUUCAGGAUGAUGACUCUGAUAGUGAUGAUGAAUUUGAAGCAAAUGAAGAGACUGCACUUGAAAGCUACACUACCCCACUUGAUGAAGAGAACUGUGAAGUAGACGAGUACAUUGUUUUUAAGGAAGUAAUGCAGAAUAUUCAAGCCAGUGAUCCAACAUGGUAUCAAAUUCUUACUACUGAUUUGACAACUGAACAACAGAAGGCUCUCCAGGAAAUAAUGGUUCUAGCAGACCAGAGGAAGGCAGCAGCCGAGAGUAAGAGGAUAGAGCAGAGUGGAGGUUAUGUUUUUAAUCAACAGACAGUCCCUACAUCUUUCAACUUUGGUGGCUCCCCUCUUGGACGAUAAGCCUGUCUGUGGCAGCACAGGUGUCUUGCAUGUGAAAAAAAUAACACCCAGUUGUGUAUGUUACUUCUUGUGCACACAUUCGGAUGUCUGAUAUUGCCAGUGUGAAUUUUACUUGUUGUAAUGUGAAAGACUGAAUUCAACUGCUUAAAAGUUAUAUUUGACUUGUUACAAAAUUUAUUAUUCGAGGUGAACUAAUGACAUUUGAGGAAAUAAGUGUUAACGAUCUGUAAAUAACAUUUACUGUGUUAUUCAGGGACAUCAGUUAUAUGUAGCAAUUGUCUGUGCAUCACUUGUGAAUCUUGUGCGUGGGGCAUUUUUAAAAUACUCAAUUUACAAGCUCUUAUUUCUUGUAAAUAUUAGGAGCAGUAUUUCAGAAGUUUGGGAACAUGAACAUAUUUAUUAGUAUUUAUUGAAAACUUCAUAUAUUGUUUAGGUUGAGCUCCGUCACGCAGUUCAUAUUCGGACUGUAGGUGAUCAUAUUAUGUUACUGAUAUUCAGAAUUUCUGAAUCGUUUAUUACACCUUUGGAGCCAAAGGAAAUUAUCUCAGACUCUGAGAUAGAAUAUACAUGUCUCCUAAAUAAAUCACAGAUGUGUGGGCUUGCUUAAGUGUGCCUUCAGUUUAUUUUAUGGAAAUCACCCACGAAUUUAUCAGAUGUGAGAAGGCUGUUGGUCAAUGUUGACAUAUUGGAAAUUGUGGGUAAGCUACUGUCCAUAUGAUGAUAAAUUUUUACUCAAGGUGCUUUGUGACUUGGUCCAAUUGACUAGCACAUUUUAUAAAAUAUAUAUAUACAUAUUUUUUUCUUUUUAAAUGAAAUAUUCAUGGUACAGUGGUAUCUGUUUAAAUUAGAUGCGUGUGUCAGAUCAAAGAGUGCAAUUUACAUCUCGUCUUAUUAUUUGUAUACACUCCAGUCCUGACUAGUCCAUACUGUACAUUAUGUUCCUUUCAAGAGAUGUGUAAUUUGUCUCAAAAGUGUUGAAUCUAUAUUUUCUUAAAAUUCUGGUAAAAGAAAAAUGUAUGUCAGAGAUGAGGUAAAAUUUAUGGAAUAACCAGCCAUGUACUAACUAUAAGAAGCUAAUGAAUGCUUGCUGAAGCUCAAAGGGAGAGAUAUCCAUAUCCGUUUUGUAAACAAGAAUGUAGAAAAUUUGUUGACAAGGGAUGACAACAAUAAUUGCAAGUUUGAUCGUAUGUGUGCUUGUAUGUUACUCAAGUGAUCUGUGUCACCAGAUCACAUUCAGCAUUAGGGGUCGGUCUCUCUCUCUCUCUCUCUCUCUCUCUCUCUCUCUCUCUCUCUCUCUCUCUGUGUGUGUGUGUGUGUGUGUGUGUGUGUGUGUGUGUGUGUGUGUGUGUGUUUUAAUCGCGAGCACGCGAUUAAAAUUACUACCAUCUUUUCGCUUUAGUCCUUUAUAAAUUUCCAUUAGCAUUGUGACCAGAGUCUGAUAAAUUGAGGUAUGUUUUUGGAUAGUAUAAUUUGUUAUAUAUAUGUAUAUGGAUGUGUUCCCUAUUUCACCAAAGUAUUUUCCAUCACAACAGCUGUAAAAGAGGAGAAAUUGUGGUGCGCCUCUUGGCUGAUGCUUCUUUGACUCAUUUGUUCUCUAUUUUUUUAUGGUAGUUUAUAAAAAUUAUUCCUAGCUUCAGAUUUUUUGCUGCGAUAUCUUUUAUGUUUUUUCUGAUUGUGGUGACUUUCAUGACAAUGUUUUAUUUGCUGGAUUUUGCUGUAAGGUAUUAGGAAAGUUUUUGUUUUUUCACAAGCAUUUCAAUACAGUUGAAGGACUGCAUUGCACAUGGUGCAUUCUAAUCACUAAUUUAUAUUAUAUCCUUGUAAUUUCCCUUCUGCCAUCUGUUUUCCUAGUAGUUCUUUCGGCCCAUCCAAUUGAAAAAUAUUAGCUGUUGUUUAAUAUGAAUUGAUUUUCUUGUUUUAAACAUGAAUAUUUGUAAUCUAAGACAGUUCUGAGGAAUUUUGAUCUCUCACUUCACUGAACCACAUUGGUAUAUACAGUUCUACGUGGGUGCUUACCUUCCUUGAAAGUGUUAGCUUACAAACUAUUCUGGGUAACAGUUCUACCUUUUAAAAGCAUGUGGCAGGGAGACAAAAGUUCCAGUAUAAUUGAGGAAUUUGGUGGUUUAUUUACAUGAAUCACAACUGUCGCAGAAAUUUAUGGAAGAAACUAAUGAUUUUCACCAUUUUUGGAUGCUUCAGUAAAUCAUAAUUUUCAUUCCAAAUGAACUUUGUUAAUAAUGCUUAGUAGUCCUUCUUUUGUUAAAAGUGUAUUAAGCUGUAAUUAAACAGUUAACGAAGACAGUGUAUUUAAAAAGUAGUUGUGUGCAUGAGGAUAACUGGGAAGAUGAAUGAUGACGGUGAUGCCGAGUCUCAUUGUGUUGAAGGUACAACUUCCAAAAAGCACAUUGCUUAUUAGUUGUUAACCACUCAAUAUUUUGUACCUUCGAUUAUUUUUGUAGGAAGAGUGUUGACAUAAGGGACAGGAUGCAAAUUUUAUUAUUGUUUAUACUGAAUGACUGACUGCUAUAGUAGAAUGCUGUAAUUUUUGAACUCGAUUGAUUAUACAUAGGUUAGUAGCAAUAUUAAAUAUACACCGCUUGUUCAUUCUGUUUGAGAAUGUUCAGAUCUACUUGUACAGAUUUCAGGUGUUUUGAAGGCUAUACUUGUUUUCUUGCAUACCUGCUAGUGUGAGAAAUUUGUUGUGACAUUGAGAAGAAGGCAUAUUUUGUAGAAUGUCUUGUAUUAUGUUUUAAAUUACUUCUGUUGUUGCAUUAUAUUCACAUAACAUAAUAGACAUUAUGAAAAGUGGUUUUAAAGCAAAAUGCCAACAGUGGGUUUUCUGCUUCCUUUCUUAACAGUGGAUAUUUGCAAAUUCCCUUUGUUGGGAGAGAAAAAUCUGAAACACACAUCACUGAACAGGUAUUUAAUGUGUGAUGGCUGUGUGUGUGAGAGGUAGGUAUUUGGAGAAAUGUAACUUGCCAAAUUUAAUGUACAAAAAUUAAUUUAGAAGCUCAUCAGGUCUAUGCACAGCAGUCUGUUCUUUAUUUCAAUGGAUUUCAGAAUGUUGUGAUUGUAAUUGAACUAAAAGUAAAUAUGUUGAAUGGACGAAA